GUUGCAGUGUUGUUCGUGUCACUUCUAACCUAACCUGUUGAAUAUUUUCCUUUGAACUUUUGAUAUUUAUUCGGAUUUAUUUUUCGAAAUAGAAGUUAGUGGAAAGAAAUAAUAACGAAGAUGAGUUGCGGAAUGGGAAUGAUAAAAUAUUUACUCUUCAUAUUUAAUUUCGUCUUCGCGGUAUGCGGGUUAGGUAUUCUAACUCUCGGUGUUUUGAUACAUCUACAAAUAUUAGGAGUAAGUAAGCAAAUCGAAACCGGUCUUGCAUUUCCAUCGAUAACAUUGAUCGUUCUUGGCAGUAUAAUCUUUGUAAUAUCAUUUUUCGGAUGCUGCGGUGCUAUCCGAGAAAGUCAUUGCAUGACAAUUACCUUCGCAUCGUUUCUUCUGUUUAUUUUGCUCGUGCAAAUAGCAGUUGCCGUUUAUGCCUUUAUAGUUGUCAAAAAUGAUGAUAAUUUCCGCAAUAUAUCAGAGAAAUAUCAGGAGAUAUUUAAUGGUUACUUUUUGAAUUCGGAGAGUAAAGAUUUUAUUGAUUUUAUUCAGAAAAAUUUGCAAUGCUGUGGUGUCCACUCUUUAAGUGAUUAUAAUGACAAGCCUAUUCCUGCAAGUUGUUGUAAUUCUCCUGAAAAUAAUACUUGCUCUAUAAGUAAUUCAUACACGAAUGGUUGUGUAGAGGCAUUAAAAGAUACGGUCAAACUUGCCGGAACUGUGUUUGGUAGUGUCGCUAUUGCUAUUGCCAUUGUUGAGUUGAUUGGCAUCAUUUUCGCACUUUGCCUGGCAAAUUCUAUAAAAAACGCUGAACGUAGGGGUUAUAGAGUAUGAAAGUUCAACAGAUAAUUAUUAAAAGAAGUAUAUAUUGAAAAAAACGUAAUAAUUGAUAACACUACCAUUAAUAAUUUUAUUUAAAGACAGUGAUAGAAAAUACUAUUAUUUUGUAUUGAAAUAAAUUUAAAUAGUUUUAUAAAUGAAAGAAAAAAAGAAUAUCUUUUAUUUUAUUUUGAGCAUAGUUCCAUUUAAAUUUAUAUGUUGAUAUGUGAUAUCAAAUGUAUAAAUACAUUAUUUAAUAUAUUUUUAAUUUUGGUACAUUUUCAUUAAAUUGAUUAUAUUUUUUUAUAUUAAGAAAUAAAAUUAUAAUAAUAAUAAUAAUAAUAAUAAUAAUAAUUUUCAUUAAUAAUAAUAAUCGGUGCAAAAAAAUUCUUAAAGACUUGAUAAAUUUUUUGUUAAAUAAUUUUUGUACUCAUUACGUAUUAUAAUUAUUUUUGUCCACAUAAUUAGUAAAAAUAAUUAAUAAAUAUUAAAUUUUUUAAAGUAUAAUUUAUAAUUUGUCAAAUUAAAAAUUAUAGAGUAUUUUAAUAAAUUUAAUUACAAUGCAUUAUAUGUAGUUUUGCGAAUAUCAUAGAAAAGUAUUUUUAUAACAAUAUUUUGAUAAGUAUUACACAUUUUGCUUACAUCUGCUUUUAUAAAAUACAAUUUAUAUUUUUAUUUGUACAGCACACAUUCAUUAUACUGUAUUCACGAUUUUCAAAAGAUAAUGUCAAAUUAUAUAUUUUUCUUGUAAUAAAAUUUAUUUUAUCUAUA